GAAUGACAGAAAGUUAUAGGAAUAGAUUGGUAAAGAGAGAAAUAAAAGAAGAUAACUCUGUCUCUUUCCUUUCCGAAGCAGACGACAUUAGUGCGCAUGCGCACAGGAUGACGUGAGUGGAGUCCCAAGAUGGCUGCCGUCGUGUUGGCAAAUUUGAGUUGGAAAACUGUUACAUCAGCAGUGUGUACAGGAGCUGUGUUGUCCGGUCGUUGUCUUCGUUGUCUAUCGGCAUGUUUGUAUUUAUCACCGAAAGUAAACACAUUAGGGGAAUUAUAUUUUCGAAAUUAAAAAAAAAAAAAACAGAAAAGAAAUACACCGCAAACAAACAAACAAACGAAAGACAAGCAACAACAACAGCAGGAGAACAACUAUAACAACAACAAACAUUAAUAACAACAAUUAAUAUCAAUAACAACAACAGCAACAACACAUACGUACGCACAUACACACACACAUACCUACACAGUGAUACAACCAUGUCGUGGCUUGGUGGAAGUAUCUCCACAAUUACUGGUCAGUUGUCCAACUUUACCAAAGAUAUAUUGACAGAGGGUACAGAGGAAGUUAGUGAUCAUGUGACUGAAUUACAUUUGGCACAGAAGAAAAUCCAGGAACUGGAAAAUACAACUUUGGCACUAAAAUCUGAGAAUGACUGGUUGAAGAAACUAAAUAAGGAUCUGGAAGAUAAAGCUGAAUGUUCAGAACUUCAAAUAAAUUCUAUCUCCAGAGAAUAUCGGGGUGUUCUCGAAUUCAAAGAGGUCCCUGCCUGGAAUCAAACUCGGAAUCUUGAGAAGGAAAACCAGCUGCUGAAGCAACAGAACCAUGAACUCCAAGAGGCCCAUAUCAACUCUGUUGUAUCUAAAGACCAAAAAUCGCCUCCAUUAGAAUCUUCAUUUUAUUCAAAUUCUUCAAAUAGGAAUUCUGGUUUUGUGAAUGAUGAAUUGGAUUUUGGUGAAAACAUCAAUCUACAGCACGAAGUCAACCGGUUACGCUCCAGUGUCCAACACCUGCAGUCAGAAUGCAAACAUUGGAAAAGCAUUGCAUCUCAGAGGAGUUCAGAAAGAGGUGAAUCAUCACAAGUGUUGGCAGAUAUUGCAGAACUCCAAAAUAAAAACAAAGAGCUUGAGAAACAGUUCCAUACUGAGAAAGAACGGCAUCAUGAUGAAGUGUCUGCCCUCCAAAAUAUGUACUACCAGAAGAUCACCGACCUUAAAAAAACAUAUCAAGAAAAAUUGGACAGUCAACAGACAUCAGGUAAUGAAACAAAAGAAGCUGUGGAAAGUGCGGAGGAAAAAACGUUAAAGAAACAAUUAGAACAUUCCGAAGAUGAAAUCAACAGACUGAAUAGCUAUAUAAGUUCCAUGGAAGAUAAACUUAAUCUCCUAGAAACAGCAGCUAAAAAUGAUGUAGGUGCUCAAAAGAAGGGAGAAACAGUUGCAAAUAUGGAUAGUGACAAAGAUAAAGUAUCCUACAGAGAAGAGAAAGGAGAAGGUGAUUACCGAGACACUUUGGAAUCUCUAAGGAGUGAAAUUGAAGACCUAAAGAACCAAAAUUUUGUACUCAUCAAAGAAAAUGGCAACUUGAAGAAACAUUUGGAAGAAGACUCAAAGCCAGUUGUCGAAUUAGAAGGAAAUAUGAGUUGGGACCAUUAUGAUGAAUUAGAAGGAAGUUCUAAUGUUCUUCAGCGUGCCUCACAUAGACCAUUUGAGGACUUGGAUGAGAAUGACUGCCAAAAUAAGAAUGCCUCUAGAUCAGAGAUGCAAGAACAGAUGUCUGCUCUACAGAAUCAAGUUGAAAAAUAUGAGAGGGAGAUAGAGCGUUUUGAGUACCUCAAGUCUGAUUGGCAGCUUGAGAAAGAAGCUCUUGAAGAUGUCCUUAUGAAUUUGCGGAAUCAACUGAAGGAUAAGGAGUCUGCUAACAAUUUGGCUCAAGACCAAAAGGAAUUGGCUGAAGUUGAACAGCAAGAGAAAAACAAUGAUGAUGACAUAUCUUUUGAAACGGCUGAGUAUUUACUAGACAAAGCUGCUGCCAGCUUAUAUCCGCUAAAAAUGGGUUAUCUGCGUGAACCCCGCUCUAUGAACAGUGAUGAGGAAGAUGCUAGCAGCGACUUCAGCGUUGACAUUGAGAAGUUUGACCGGCAGGUGGCCCUGCUCACGCAGGCCAAUGCCGAUUUGGAAAGGGAGAGAGAGUAUCUACUCCAAGAAAAGCAUCAUGCCAACGAUGAAAUCAGCUAUUUCAAAGAUAAGGCCACAUCUUUGGAAGAAAAAUACACAGAGAAAGUGAAAAAUGAAAAAUCUUUGAAAGAAAAACUGAAGGAAGCCAAGCAUCAAUUGGCUGAGAAAGAUGAACAGAUAGAAAAAUUAAUCAGUGAAAAAGAUGAUGUUCAGAGUAGUCUUGAAGAACUGGAUUCCCAGCACCAAGAAGCCAUAAGUCAGUUAAUUGAUAACCGCCAUGAUCUUGCCAAAAAGGUGAGAGAAAAAUCUGAUCAAAUUGAUCAAUUACAAGCCGAACUGAAGCAGAUCCAGUUUCAGCUGGAUACUGCAAAUGAUACCGUUUCCAAGCAGAGAUCUGAUCUAGAAGAACAAUCUAGAAGCCAGCAUGUCUCUCAUGAUCAGCUGAAUGAAUUGUCUUCUGAGAAAGACAGACUUUCAAAUCAAAUAGAAGAUCUGAAAGCCAAGCUAGAGAAAGCUGCCUAUGUGGUAAAUGAACUACACCUGGAUAAAAAGGAACUUUGCCAGAAAAUGGCAGAGAAAGAAGAAGGCUUGAACAAUGAAAUUAGAGAAUUAGCAGCACAAAACAAAGAGCUUGAACUUAAGAACUCUGAGCUUCGGGAGAAACUAUCACAACCACAGGAAACUGUGGACACAUCUGAAAUGGAGUUCAGAAAUAAAUGCUUAGAUAAAGAAAUUCAAAAUCUAAAGGAAAACGUAAAAGAGUAUGCAGAAUUGAAUCGCAUGAAUGAGAUGAAACUUGUAGAUAAUGAAGAUAGAUUUACUAAAUUAACUAAAGAGAUUGACGAAGUCAAGAAAGAUAAUACUUCGCUUGUGAUGAAGUGUUCAGCUCUGAGAAAAGAAAAUCAGUUCCAGCUAAAAGCCACAGAAGACAAAAACUCCAAGGAGGGAUUUGAAAUUAACCAUCUUCAACAAGGAACUGAUAGUCUUAGCCAGGGUCUUGGACAUGUUCUACAAGAUUCAGAGAAGCCUGAUGCCAGUCUGUUACUUGAGUCUAUCAGCUCUACUGGAGAACUAUUGGAAGACUAUCUUGUAAAUGUUUUGGAAAGAAAUGGUGCGGAACCUUCCGGAAAACCUGCAGAACACACUAAAGCUAAACAAGUUAAAAUGUGCCUAGCAUAUCUGAAAGCUAGGUUAAAAGACAGACAGGAGGAGCUACACAUAUCUAACCAAAAUGAAGAGCAUUCCAAGAUUAUGAUAGAGAAGUGUGAGGAAAUAGAAGCUUUAAGAACUCAAGUGGUAGAGCUAAGAAAAGAUCUAGUCAGCAGCAUGGAAAGAAUUCAAGAAUUUGAGGAUAUAUCUAACAGAAAUCAGGAAUUAGAAGACCAGGUAGAAAAGCUAAACAGUAAGAACCUGGAGCUAACUAAUGAAAUGUCUGUUAUACUCUCCAACGAUUCUAAAGACUCAGCUAAUAGCCACUGUGAUCCAAAGACUUUAGAUUUGAUCACAGAUUUAGAAUCCGAGUUGCUUUCUUCAAAGAAUAAGAUUAAAUCUUUAGAAAAAAUGGUGUGUAAACUCCAGACAUCAUCAGGAGUUGCUCCUGAAAAGGAACUAAUGAAAGGUGUGGUUGAUAAGAAUUCCUUAAACAGUGAAACAAGUGACAUUUUAUCACUUCAAGCUAAAGUCGAGAAAGAUGAGCAAGAACUCAGGUAUUUCAAGAAUAUUCUCCAAGAUAUAUCAAGUAUCAUAGACUCGGAAAAACUACAAGGAUUAAAUAAAGAUGUCAUUGAGUACCUGAAGCAACUGAAGGCUGGAGAAUUUGAAGAUAGAUAUUCUACAGGGGGCAGUGAAGGGGAUGCAGAUGAAGUAGUUGAAAAAGCUGAUGAAAUCCGAGAUCCAGAAUCUCUGAAGUGUUUUUCUGAGAAGAAGAUCGUAAGUGAGGAGAUAUCUGUUCAGAAGCAGAGUUGCACAGCAGUCGCAAAUGGAAAUGCACAGGUCGAAGAACUGGAGAAGCUACAACGGAUUGUUUCAGAAAAAGAUAAUAUCAUUCAAGAGUUGCAAAACAACAAUGCCAUGCUGUUGAAAAUGAUUGAGUCAAAAUCCGUAUCGGUCUAUGGUGAUAAAAGUCUUCUUGAACUUCAUCAGUUAUCAAAUGAUGUGAAGGAUUUGAAAUUGGAGAAGGAACAAAUGAUUUCUGUGAUGGACGAAAAGACGAGAGAGUGCAGUUCUUUGAAAGCUGAAGUACACCGUCUGAUGGCUAUUGUGUCAGAGGAAAGGAAUGCAAUUGAUCAUCUACAGCUUGAGAACCAGCAGUUACUACAGUCUCAGAACAAAGUUGUUUCAAAUGAUGCUAGUGAGGCUGGAGGAAUGCAGAAGGAAGCCCUGCAGAAACUUUCAAACAUCAUUCGGGACAAGGAUGUUGAAAUUGAUGCCUUGAAGCAAAAGAACAAGACUCUGCUGACAAUAUUCCAAGACAGUUCACAGAGUGGUCCACAGAUCAACUCACUCAUACAAGAUAAAGAGAACUUAAAGAAGCAGUUGGGUGUUCUUCAAGCUGAACGGGAUCAGAUCGUAAGCUACUUGAACCAAAAGCACCAGGAAAGUGUGGCUUAUCACAAUGAAAUCCAACGCUUGAAUGCAUAUAUCCAGAAUGAAGCUGAAAAAUAUGACCAACUGAAGUGUGAACAUGACCGAUUAAUGCCAUUGUAUGAAGACCGGAACCAAACACUUAUCAAAACCCAGAAUGAACUUGUGAAUUACAAACAGAAGUAUUCUGAACUAGAAGCAAAAUAUGAGGAACUGCUGCAAAGAAGUAAUGUUAGUGAGACAGUUGAUGUGAUCACAUACAACAACAAAGUUGAAGAGAUCAGCUUCCUACAGGAACGAUUGUCAAAGGUUCAAGCUGCACUGACAGAACAAGAGCAGAAAGUUCAGGGACAGUUGCAUAGCAACAAUGAUACUGAACGCACCCUGAGAGAAAUAGAACUUGAGCGAAACAACCUGAAGAAGCAGUAUGAUAGUUUAACAUUCCAGUUCAGUGAGCUUCAGACAAAGCUGAACGAGCUGAAAACAGAGAUAGCUUCAUCUCAACGCCUCAACGAGGAGCACAACAUAGAGAUUUCAGCAUUGAAAGAAAUAAAUCACAAACUGAGCUUGACCAUUCAACAGAAAGAAUUUGAGCUGCGGAACGUCACUGAGAAAGCCAACACUGUGACAGCAAUGUUACAGAAACAGCAAGGAGAGAGAAGUGAGUUGGAUUUGUUGCUAAGGGAGUCCGAAUCGAUUCGACAGCAAGCUGUUCAAUUCCAACAAGAGAGGGACCAAGUAAUUCUUUCCAUGAGGAAUCUUCAAACAGAGAAGGAAGAGAUGACUAAAGAGAUGCAGAAGUUCAGAGACAGAAAUGACAAACAAAACAGGGAACUUGAAAGACUCAAGAUGCAUUUGCUGCAGAUUGAAGAAGCUUACACAAAGGAGGCUUUGGACUCUGAAGAGCGAGAGAAAAACUUGCGAAACAAACUGGCUGCUACUGAAGAGAAGGCUUACAUCACGGCUGCUGCUGUGGAAUCAGCUGGACAACAUAGUUCUGCUCAGAUUGAAAACAUGAAUCAACAGCUGCAUGCACUGGCCUCCCAACGUGACAAUGCCUAUCUCCAGUUAAGCACUUACCAAGAACAGUGUAAACAGUAUGCUACCUCGCUCAUGAACCUACAGAUGGUGCUAGAACAGUUCCAGGCAGAGCGAGAGAGUCAGAUGACAGCUGAGAAGCAGAAGAAUGAAGCAGAGCAGAAUCACUUAAGGGCAUUAAUUGAAAAUCUUCAGUCCAGUCUCCAAGACACUCAGGAGAAGCUGUCUGAGGCUGAAGACGGUUUGCAGGCAGCUGAGCGCCUUAGUGAACAGAUAGACUUAAAGAUGAAUCAUAUAGAACAGUUGAAGGCUGAAGUUGAGGAGAAAGAAAAACUUCUGAAAGAGGCUGAUCAAGAGAUCCAUCGGCUGAAAUUUGAUUCUGAAGCAUUUGUCGAUAAACUUGUAAUGAAAAACCUUAUCAUUAAUUACCUGAGCACAUCACAAACAAAGAAGGGUGAUGUCUUAAGGCUUAUUGGUGGCAUUCUAGAAUUUUCUCCUGAAGAUUUCUCAAAGGCAGAGGGUUCAUUUAGGAAAAGCUGGGUAUUGGGCUUUUUCCAGACAAGUUCCAUUCCUCCAUCUGUAUCACCCAAACCCAGCCCUUCAAAAUUCAACAAGAGUUUCUCAGAAUUGUUUGUGAACUUUCUGGAAAAAGAAUCCUCACCGCCUCCUCCAGCUCUCCGAAUGAAAACCGAGACACUUGAGAAAGAGGUGCGCAGCAAGGGCAAGGUGAAAAAGGAGUCGCAUGAGCGUAACUUCAACCCGUUCACGGCACCACGGCAUGUGGCAAUGCCAAUCCCGAUCAACGACCACCUGUCAACGCAGGGACAGCACUUGCUGAUGGCCCCCAUGGCGCCAAAUUUCCCCGUCCUCUCGCCACUUUCCUCCGGCUCUCAAACAAACCCGCCGCAGGUUGGCUUAAUGUCGUCUUCCACCAUCCUCAAUGAUGUGCUCACCCAGAAAUCAUGACGAACAACUCCCCCCCUCUCUCUUUCUCUCUCUCUCCAAGCUUGAGCAACCAACCAUUUGGUUGUUUGGUUAGCAGUCAGUGGUCAACUAGUUUGGCCAAGUGGCAGAACAGUUGGGUAGAUGGACAUGGGUUCAGACAGUCAGACAGACAGACAGAUGGGUGGAUAGAUGGGUAGAUGGAAGGACAGAUGGAGGUUUCUAGGUCAGACAGAAAAGAAAUGUACAGCACUUAUUUAAACACAUCACAAACAGACACACACAAACCUACAAACACAUACACACAUAAACACACACAUGCACAUACUCAUUCAUGCAUGCACACUGACAUAAACUUGUGCACAACAGUGGGAUCAAUUAUAUUUAGUACCUGGUGAGGUAUUGAAGAGAUAGAAUAGGGGUUUUGUUGGUUGUGGUUUUCGGUGGAGGUUUUGGGUUUUGUUACUGCCACCUAUUCCGCCAUCUCUCUCUCUCUCUCUCUCUCUCUCUCUCUCAUUUUCUUUUACACACAUAUGCACACACACACACACACACACACACACACAUGCACACAUAUACAUACACGUGCACUUUCACAUGCAUACAGAUAUGCACUCUCACCAUGACCUCUGAAAACACUCCACACGAACCCUUCUUUCCUGCUGUUGCUGGGGGCUGUUCAUACAACUACUAUUACUACUACUGCUGCAACUACCACUACCAGCACUGAUACUACUACCACUACUACUACUGCCUAUUACUACUAAUACUACUACAACUACAUCUGAGUACGAGGACCACAUAAGUUUCGCCUGUAGUGGUACUGGUUGUUCUAUAUGUGUGUAUGUGUGUAUAUAUAUACAUAUAUAUAAUUAUGUACCAUGUAUGUAUAUAUAAUUAUAUAAGCAUGUGACCGUGUGUGUGUAUAUAUAUAUAUAUAUAUAUGUAAUAUGCAUACAGUUAUGUAAAUUAUGGACAAAUAUAUCAUGUAUGUAGAUAUAAUUAUAUAUGAAUUUACGUAUAUAUAAUUAUAUAUGUGUGUUUGUGUGUAUGUGCAAAAGUAAGGUAUGUAUAUAGUUCUGAAGAAAGCUGGUAUAUAUAUAUAUAAAAUCUAUCAACCAGUAUACAAUCAGUCGAAUCUAGGUUUCCAUGACUACAAAGUAGUAAAUGGUCAUUGCUGUAGUUGUUUUAUAUUUUUAUUACUAUGAUUAUAAUUAUUAUUAUUACUAAUGUUGUUUGUUAUGUUCUUGCUGGUAGUGGAGUGGCAGAAAUGGUAUAACCAAGGUUUAAAAUGCCUUGUGGUAUCUAGUUACGUCCCUUUAUGUUCUGAAUUUUAAAUCUUGCUGCGAUGGGGUCAACAAUUUUUGCCUUUUGUCCAUCCAGAGUCAAUAAAAUCUUUCUUGUUUUUUUUUUGGACAAACUUUUUACAAAGCCCCUGUGGGGUGAUACAGUCGACUGUUCACUUCCUUUCCAAUAACUUUGUACCCUUGUGCCUAUCUGAGACAUUAUUAAAUUCAUGAUUGCACUCUG